GAGGUUUCUGGGAGUAUCGAUGACCUGUAAGUGCGGGAAUGCACUUAGAUGAUGGAGCGAUUUGAAAUAUGAUAAGAAUCAAGUGCUAUUGAGAGCCACUUGAGGUAGAUAGUAUAGAAUUCUUCGUCUAAGCUUCUUCUGUGAAAAAAAAAUCGAAAUAAUUUUUACAGUAAUUUCAGUGGAAUUCAGAUUUAUUUAGUUUGUGAAUGAUUCAAGCAAAUUGCAAUAAAGAACGUGGAGUGACAGUCUCUCUCUAUGGGAGGCUAAUUAAUUCGUGAAAUUAUGUUUAUGUUAUGAAGGAUGAUGACGAGCCUUUAGUGAGCAAAAAGUUCCAUAUAGGGUGUGUUUCAGUCUUCGUCUACAGUUCUAGUCAUUGGUCUUCAAAGUUCCAGCUGUUCUUUUGGUAGAUUGGCUAUAGAUCAUAAAAAGAUCAUUGGCAGUGCGUGGCGCAGCAAAAGAUCGCCAAGCCCCCAAGGAGUAUCAACCAUCAUAAGCCGUAUUUGUAGCUACAUCUAGUGCAUAAGUGAAAAAGUGCUCUUGUUUUUGAAUUUCCUCGCCUCGAUUUUAUGGAGGAGAAAGUGUGAUCGGGGUUCGACGGGAAACACACGAUGUCGCGGCGUAUCAAUUUGAUCGGAGUGUGUGCCAUCAGCGGGUUGUGCAUCUUGCUGCUCUUUGCGAGCCACCGGUUUACGUCGUCCAAUAGCUACACCACCGAGUACUUCAAGCCUCGGGAGCGCAACGCCAAUCUGCGACUGCUGAAUGCACACAAAUUCUACGGCGCGAAGACAUUCAGUGGGAGUUCAACGUACGACACCUAUCCGCCUAUCCCAACGCCUCAGAACUCCACUGUCACCAUCGAAGAUGUGCUAAACUAUCAACGUUCGCGGAUUGCGGACGAAAUGGCCGAAUUUGAGUAUCCAAACGGCCUAUACAAUAGCGAUGCUUCCAAACUGUCGGACCUAACGCCGGAAACGGGGGGUCAACCGAUGCGCAGCAUAAUCAUAACCACGUGGCGAUCGGGAUCGACCUUCCUGGGCGACAUUCUGAACGCCAUGCCCGGUAACUACUACCACUACGAACCGCUGCUCGAUUUCGACAUCGUUCAGAUCCGGGGCCCUCCGAACGAUCGGAUCGCCAUCCACAAUCUGAAGCAUCUGCUCAAGUGCGAUUACACCGAGAUGGAGAGCUAUUUGGACUUUGGUCGGACGCACAACUAUCUGUUCAGUCAUAAUACUCGCCUGUGGCGACACUGUCGGCUGUUUCCGCACUUUUGUUACGAACCAAAGUUCCUGGGGCCUUUCUGCAAGUUGUUCCCGCUGCAGAGCAUGAAGGUGGUGCGCCUGAGGGCAUCGCUGGUCCAACCGCUGCUGGAGGAUGAAAGGUGAGUUGCGCAAUUUAGUGAACAUUGACGUAUCGAGGAUAUUUGGUAUGAAAGGGUAUUUAACCGUCUGGAACAGAAUUGUAAGAGAGUUUGUGUUAUGAUGGUUUUAAUUUCGAACCAAGUAUUCACCUUUUGUGAUGUAGUUAAAUCAAACUUAUUGCUAUAGGUCCUAUAGGUAGAGGACCGAUUUCUUUUUAUCCUCCAUCCUAUAAACUCACACUCUCGUGUGUUUUAUCCUAAGUAAAAAUGUAGUUUUGUUUUGCUUUUCUAGUGUUUUGCUCUGGAAGAGAUUUUGCAAACUAUAAAUCCAUAAAAAAUCUUC